AUGGACCUGAAUAAUAAUGUGACUGAGUUUAUUCUGCUUGGGUUGACACAGGAUCCUGUUUGGAAGAAAAUAGUGUUUGCCACUUUCUUGCUUUUCUACUUGGGGACAUUGUUUGGUAACUUGCUGAUUAUUUUUACCAUCAAGACCAGUCGGGCACUUCAGAGUCCCAUGUACUUCUUCCUUUUCUACUUAUCCUUAUCUGACACCUGCUUCUGUACUUCCAUAGCUCCUAGAAUGAUUGUGGUUGCCCUUUCAAAGAAGAUCAUUUUCUCCUUCAGUGAGUGCAUGAUCCAAGUCUUUAUAUUUCAUUUCUUUGGCUGCCUGGAGAUCUUCAUCCUUAUCCUCAUGGCCGCUGACCGCUAUGUGGCCAUCUGUAAGCCCCUGCACUACACAACCAUUAUCAGCCGCUGCGUCUGUGGAAUGAUGAUGCUGAAAGAGGUAAAUGAGAGUGUGGGAGCCACUUUUGUCCUCUUGGGCUUCUCAGAGUUCCCACACCUCAAGGUGCCCUUCUUCCUGAUGUUUAUGACCAUCGACACUGUCACUGUUGUGGGGAACCUUGGUGUGAUUGUGGUCAUAAAUAUUAUUCCCAAACUUCAGACACCCAUGUACUUUUUCCACAGUCAUCUGUCCUUUUUGGAUUUUUGUUAUUGCAGUGUAGUCACACCCAAACUACUAAAAUCUUAA